CAAGUAAAAGGAGUAAAAGUGCCGUUUUAACGUGAAAAUUGUGCCAUCAUGAGCACCGUGGCGCAGGCGGGACCGUCCGGCGUUGACCGAGUGCGGAAAACCAAGAACCGCUGGACGACCAACAAAUUGCAGCACUUGGUGCGCGUGUGGAGUUACUACUACAAGGAUCUGCAGGCUAAACGUGACCAUCCGGUGCCGGUUUAUCGUCGCAUUGUGGACGAGAUGGUGCGGAAGGGUUACAGUGCAACAUUAGAGGAUGUCCGCGGUCGCAUUCACAACCUAGCCGCCAAGUACAGAAAGGAGGCCGUCCUUGCCCAUGCCUCUGGGCGAUUGUCGAACUGGCCGUUGUUCUACCAAAUGCAAGAGUUCAUGAACUAUGAAGUGCCACAGAUAGAGAGGGAACCAAAGCCCCAGCUGUACCAGAUACCCAGGUUAAAGACGGGGAUGAUUAUAUCUACGGAACCGCAAUACCUGGACGAGGAGCGGCUAGAGGAAACCAGUGAAUCACAGAAGGAGUUACAAGUCGAAAAAGCGAUGGAUUUAAAACCCCACGAAGAGGAACCCCUCGAAGAGGAACGCCUUGAAGAGGAACGACUCGAAGAGGAACGCUUCGAAGAGGAACGACUCGAAGAGGAACGACUUGAAGAGGAACGACUCGAAGAGGAUCGCCUGGAAGAGGAACGUCUCGUAGAGGAAAGACUCGGAGUGGAACGCCUGGAAGAAGAACGCUUCGAAGAGCCCAGCCUCGAAAAGGAUUGCCUAAAAGAUGAAGACUCAGACCAAUCACAGGUUAAAGAUAGCAGGCAAAACCUGUCAUCUUUGCCAAGAAGACCUCUAUUAAACGAAUUACGGAAAGAAAUACAACAAAAACAAAACAAACUACAGCAACAAACAAAAGCCCGGCAACAGCAGCAGCAGCAGCAGCAGCAACAAAAAAUGCCUCAAAGGCAUCUAGUGCAAGCGAAUCAGCUACCACGGCCAGCGAACCAGCAACCACAACAGAUAAACCAGCAGAUAAAGCGAAUCCAACAGCAACAACUUCGACCGAAGCAGCAAGCUCAGGAAGCGAGCCAUCAGGAUCAACCGAAACUACUAACGACACAACGGCAUUCACAGCAGCAGCAACUGCGACAAGAACAGAAUCAACCAAGCCGGAAAGAGCAACAGCCACAGCAUCAGCGACAAGAGCAGAAACAACCAUCCCGGGAAGAGCAAAAGCAGCAGCAUCAGCGACAAGACCGGAAACAACAACAGCGACAAGAGGAGCAGAAACAGCAACCACAGAAGCAACAACAGCAACAACAGAGAUCACAACAGCUAAGGCAGCGCCAACUGCGGAAACUACAGCAAAGGCAGCAGAGAGUAGCGACCGAUGACGAUACGCGCGGAGAAGAAACAGCUUCACCAGCGCCAACACCACCGCCACCACCGCUGAGGUUUUUGAAGGAGAAAGCAAACGAGAGUACAACAGAAUCAAAGGAUCGGUCACGAGAACCGAGACAAAGGUUACUGCAGAUCAAAAGCAACCAUCGUUUGGAGACCAUCGAUGAUUACUAUGCGAAGCUGUACUGUAACAACAUGUUGGCCGACGUGACACUGGUCGUGUGGCACGAGGGCGAAACGGUAACGCUUCCUGCACACCGUGUGAUACUGUGUAACCACAGUCCGUACUUUGCAGCCAUCUUCGAAAAGGUAAGCCCUAUUGUGGGCUUGAAUGCGGUUGUGAUGAUACUUCCGACGGAUGUACCACUAAAGGUGAUGGAGUUGCUGCUGCAGUUCAUCUAUUCCGGUGAAACGUCCAUUCCGGCCAACAUGAUCGACGAUGUGUGGCGCUGUGCGGUGCAAUUGAAGAUUCGAGGGUUCUGGAGUGAAUCCCGAGGUGAAUCCAAUGAACCACUGGUCAGCGCACCGGAACCAGAACUGGACGAUGGCGUUUCAAGUGUAGUACAGCAGAAGGAGAAAUCCGAUCGAAGUUGGAAUAGUGGUACGAAGCGUGCGCGAAGUCGUCUGGAGCAAAUGGAGGAAGACAGUGGGCAGGCUCGAAAGAAAGCACGACGGCAACCGUCAUUGCCAUCAGACGAUGAUGAGUUUGAUAAGCUCGAUCUUAUCGAGGUGUCGUCCGAGGUUGGUUUUGAUUUAUUGCGUUCGGACUUGGACGAUGAUGGGGACGAUAUCGAUGAGGAAGAGGAAGAGGAAGACGAGAACGAGGACGGCGACGAGGAGGACGAGAGCGAUGAGGAAGAGGAUGACGAUGAUGAUGAGGAUGAGGAUGAGGAUGAGGAUGAGGAUGAGGACGAUGAUACGGAUGAAGAUGAGGAUGAGGACGAGAACGUGGAGAUGAACAAAGAAGACGAGGAACAUGCUACCGGCGAAGAAGAUGAGGCGCGUAGCAUCGAUGAGCUUGGCCAUUUCGGAGAGCAAGAUCAUGAUGAUGACGAUGAAGCUGAUGAUAAUGAUAAUGUUGAAGAGGAGGAGGAAGACAGUGAAGAGAGUGAAGAAGAACACAGUGAAGAAGACGAUGAGGAUGAGUAUGGAAACGUGGACGAUAACAAUGACGACGUCGAAGAUGCCGAAGUCGAGCAAGCAGUUGGCGAUGCAGAUGAACUGGAGCCAAAGGAAGAAAAGGCUGAUCAAAACCUGACCAUUGAGCAACCUCGUGAAAGUCCUGAGAUUGUGCAGGAAAACGAAGACGAGCUGAUCCUGUCGCACAACGUGAAACAUGAAGCCGAUCUGACACCGCCACCUUCCUUCCCAAACUCGCCACAAGAAGUAGGGUGCGAAAUCAAGGUAGAUGUGAACGGUAGCGAUUCCAAGCGAAUAGAGACAAAUGCCAGCAAAACAAACGGCGUACCAGGCGACGUUGGUUGCCAAAGCAACAGCGCUGCAAGUAGGCUACUACCGGUGGUGAACAGCGUCGUCCAGCCCAGCAACCAGGUUCGGUUAAAUUCCAGCAGCCUACAAACGACCCAGCACCGUACCGUCGAAGCAAGGCCUUCCACCAUACGCGGCCCACUUGCGGUCUAUCGGAGACGACAGUACCGGAGUUUCACCUGCAAACUGUGCACUUUGCACUUCACCAUGGCGGACAAUUGGUUAAAACACGUGGAAAAGGUGCACGCACGCGACACACGAAAGCUGAACCGAGUCGCUCUUCAGGCUCAAGGGCAGAUGUCGAGGUCGUAUUGUUGCGAUUUGUGUCAGAAGUGCCUUACGUCCGAGUUUCACUGGGUUCAGCAUGUCAUCUGCCAGCACACCGAGCUCUAUCCGCACUACUUUGCCGAAUCGUUCGGAACGCCGCCGGAGCGAUGA